AGUGAAUUGGCUAUUGCUGCCCGAUGCUUCCCAAAUGGAGCUAAUCCUUCGGGAAAGAUUGCAGUUUCAGCAUGUGCCACUUGGGCUGCAUAUGUAUCCUCCCCCGGUUCUGCAGUUCCCAAGGCCAAAAGUGUGUCUGUACCAGAGAAAAGCGGUGCUUCUGAUUCUCCCCAAUUCACUUCGUGUCCUGGGGCCUUUCACCACUUUCACAAAUCUUCGGUGGGAAAGAGUCCUUCAUGUCGUGUGUACACUCUGGGGCCAAUGGCCCGAUGCAUCAUCAUCCUCCGGCCCGAAUGUUGCAUCAUCUGCAGCUCUGUCAAGGGGGGCUCAACAGACGGACGCCGAGAAUCGAGUGGCCUUAUUUAUGGAGGCUAUAACUCAUUAGGCCGUCAUAACGCCAACUUGCUGGUUCCCCAUAACACACAAGAUUGGCCAUCUGCACACGGCUUUGCGAGCCGUGGAUUGUCUGGUCGGUUGGCAAGACAAUUGGCGCGUGUUGGCGCCCACCGAUGUUGGCAACUUCGAAUACCAGCAGUUUUCCAGGACGAGCAUUAA